UGUACAACCAUCAAUAGUAAAAAGCAACCACAAUCCCUAAAGCCAAGUCUUCCAUCUCUCAGCAACCAUUAAGAAAAGGAAACAGAGACAUGAAGAAGAGCUAAAUGUUACUUGUUCAAGUUCAUAUGUCAAUUAGCAGAAGAGACGAGACUAGAAUCCAAGUUCUUAAUUCCCAGGACACUAUUCUUUAAACUGCACCACUUUACACAUACAGGUUGCUAAAUUGCUAUGAACCAUGGCCCAACUCUACUACAAAAAAGUCAACUACUCACCAUACAGAGAUCGCAUCCCCCUGCAAAUUGUGAGGGCUGAGACUGAGCUCUCUGCAGAAGAGAAGGCUUUCCUCAAUGCGGUGGAGAAGGGGGACUAUGCUACCGUGAAGCAGGCCCUACAGGAGGCUGAGAUCUACUACAAUGUCAACAUCAACUGCAUGGAUCCUCUGGGCCGGAGUGCCCUGCUCAUUGCCAUUGAGAAUGAGAACUUGGAGAUCAUGGAGCUACUGCUGAACCACAGCGUGUAUGUAGGCGAUGCAUUGCUCUAUGCCAUCCGCAAGGAGGUGGUGGGUGCUGUGGAGCUUCUGCUCAGUUACAGGCGGCCGAGUGGAGAGAAGCAGGUCCCCACCCUGAUGAUGGAUACCCAGUUUUCUGAGUUCACACCAGACAUCACUCCCAUCAUGCUGGCUGCCCACACCAACAAUUAUGAGAUCAUCAAAUUGCUUGUCCAAAAACGAGUCACUAUUCCACGGCCCCACCAGAUUCGCUGCAACUGCGUGGAGUGUGUGUCCAGUUCAGAGGUAGACAGCCUGCGCCAUUCCCGCUCCCGGCUGAAUAUCUAUAAGGCUCUAGCAAGCCCCUCGCUCAUCGCCUUAUCAAGUGAGGACCCCAUCCUAACUGCCUUCCGUCUGGGCUGGGAGCUCAAGGAGCUCAGCAAGGUGGAGAAUGAAUUCAAGGCUGAGUAUGAGGAGCUCUCCCAGCAGUGCAAGCUCUUUGCCAAAGACCUGCUGGACCAAGCUCGGAGCUCCCGGGAACUGGAAAUCAUCCUCAACCAUCGAGAUGACCACAGUGAAGAGCUUGACCCUCAGAAGUACCAUGACCUGGCCAAGCUGAAGGUGGCAAUCAAAUACCACCAGAAAGAGUUUGUUGCUCAGCCUAAUUGCCAACAAUUACUUGCCACUCUGUGGUAUGACGGCUUCCCUGGAUGGCGACGGAAACACUGGGUAGUCAAGCUUCUAACCUGCAUGACCAUUGGGUUCCUGUUUCCCAUGCUGUCCAUAGCUUAUCUGAUCUCACCCAGGAGCAACCUUGGGCUGUUCAUCAAGAAACCCUUUAUCAAGUUUAUCUGCCACACAGCAUCAUAUCUGACCUUCCUCUUCAUGCUUCUCCUGGCUUCUCAACACAUCGUCAGGACAGACCUUCAUGUACAGGGGCCUCCCCCAACUGUGGUGGAAUGGAUGAUAUUGCCUUGGGUUCUCGGUUUCAUUUGGGGGGAGAUUAAGGAAAUGUGGGAUGGUGGAUUUACUGAAUAUAUCCAUGACUGGUGGAACCUGAUGGAUUUUGCAAUGAACUCACUCUACCUGGCAACUAUUUCCUUGAAGAUUGUGGCCUAUGUCAAGUAUAAUGGUUCUCGUCCAAGGGAAGAAUGGGAAAUGUGGCACCCGACUCUGAUUGCAGAAGCACUCUUUGCAAUAUCCAACAUUUUAAGUUCGUUGCGCCUCAUAUCCCUGUUCACAGCCAACUCCCACUUAGGGCCUCUGCAGAUCUCUUUGGGGCGCAUGCUGCUCGAUAUCCUCAAAUUCCUCUUUAUCUACUGCCUGGUACUGCUAGCUUUUGCCAACGGAUUGAACCAGCUAUACUUUUAUUAUGAGACCAGAGCAAUCGAUGAGCCAAACAACUGCAAGGGAAUCCGAUGUGAGAAACAGAAUAAUGCCUUCUCCACGCUCUUUGAAACCCUCCAGUCACUCUUCUGGUCUGUAUUCGGCCUUUUAAAUCUCUAUGUUACCAAUGUGAAGGCCAGACACGAGUUCACAGAGUUUGUGGGAGCUACCAUGUUUGGGACAUACAAUGUCAUCUCCCUAGUAGUGCUGCUGAACAUGCUGAUUGCCAUGAUGAACAACUCCUACCAGCUUAUUGCCGAUCAUGCUGAUAUUGAGUGGAAGUUUGCAAGGACGAAGCUCUGGAUGAGUUACUUUGAUGAAGGCGGCACCUUGCCACCUCCUUUCAACAUCAUCCCCAGUCCCAAGUCAUUUCUAUACCUUGGUAACUGGUUCAACAAUACCUUCUGCCCCAAAAGAGAUCCUGAUGGUAGACGGAGAAGGCAUAACUUGAGAAGCUUCACAGAACGCCACGCUGACAGCCUGAUACAGAAUCAACAUUAUCAGGAAGUUAUCAGGAAUUUAGUCAAAAGAUAUGUGGCCGCUAUGAUAAGAAAUUCCAAAACAAAUGAGGGACUAACAGAAGAAAAUUUUAAGGAAUUAAAGCAGGACAUCUCCAGCUUUCGAUAUGAAGUACUUGACCUCUUAGGAAAUAGGAAACACUCAAGGAGAAGCUUUUCCACGAGCAGCACCGAACUCUCUCAGAGGGACGAUACCAAUGAUGGCAGUGGUGGGGCACGGGCCAAAUCCAAGAGUGUCUCUUUCAAUUUAGGCUGCAAAAAAAAGGCCUGCCACGGGCCACCUCUCAUCAGAACUGUGCCAAGAGCCAGUGGCACCCAAGGGAAGUCAAAAUCUGAGUCAUCGAGCAAACGCUCCUUCGUGGGUCCUUCUCUCAAGAAACUCGGUCUCCUGUUUUCCAAGUUCAAUGGUCAUAUGUCCGAACCAAGUUCAGAGCCAAUGUACACCAUUUCGGAUGGCAUUGCUCAACAGCACUACAUGUGGCAAGACAUCAGAUAUUCUCAGAUGGAGAAAGGGAAAGCAGGGGCCUGUUCUCAGAGUGAAAUGAACCUCAGUAAGGUAGAAUUAGGUGAAGCCCGGGGUGCUGCUCCAAGCAGUGAAUGCCCUCUAGCCUGUUCCAGCUCUCUUCACUGUGCAUCCAGCAUCUGCUCCUCAAAUUCCAAACUUUUAGACUCCUCAGAGGACGUGUUCGAAACUUGGGGAGAGGCCUGCGACCUGCUCAUGCACAAAUGGGGUGAUGGACAGGAAGAACAAGUAACAACUCGACUCUAAGUCAAGCCGUCCCCUCCCCUCCCUCUGCCCUGCCCCCCGCUCUGGAACUCAAGAGAAAAUUUGUAAUUUCCCUGCUCUCAGAGGUGACAUAGAAUCUGAUUCCCUCAUUGCCCAACCCCCUCCCCAGAAAGGAGAGUGAAACUCCUCUAUUAUUUUCUUUUAUAGCCACAUUUUCCUUUUUUUUUUUUUUUUUGUUCUUGUCGGUGUGAUUCUUAGUGUUAUUGCUAUUAUUUGCCUUUUUAUGCCUCUUAACAUGAAGUCCGUUUCACAACCAACUGCAGGGGUGCUUACCCAGAAUCAGCAGAGGUGCAGUCGGGUGCUUUACCCUUUGGCUUUGCUUUUCUUACCCUUGCUUCUUUGAAGCUCCAGGUGCCACUUUGCUACCGUUGCUGUCGCACAGAUCCCUGACCUUCCUCAGGAUCUCACACCAUUUCCCCAGGGGCUGAGGGAGGUGCUCGGCAGUCCCCACCAGCUAUCAGAUGAGGCAAGCCAUCUCUGUUGCCCUUCAGUGCUCCAUGCUGCCCAUUCCAGUUCAAUGAACAGCAUCAAAGGGAGACUGAACAGACUCCAAAGAAUUGUCAGCUUGUGGUUUCUAGGUAGAACUGGCCUUCUCGUUUUUGUUCUUAAACACAACUUCUCCUUACCAUGGAGGUUGUUGAGUGUUUUGUUUCUGAAAGAUCUGUUAGUUUCCCAAAGUGUGCCAGUGAAUAUUUACCACGUAGUUAUGCGUCCCACCUAAGAAGUUAGGGAAUUCCUUUUCUGUGUUUGUGUGUUUCAGUUGACCCACUACCUUUUCAAAUGUGAUAGUAUUGAGAUUAGUAUUUAGGAUGUGUGCUGUUUUUAAAAACUUCUGCUGCACUCUAACCAGUAGUUGCUACAUCUCAUACAUUGGCAAGAAAAAUAAUUAGCUGGUACAUGUAUAGGGUCCCAUCGACUGUUGAUAGUUUUAAUCAUUGCUAUCAAAAGCAUUUCUAAGGUAAAAGCCUGGGUUUGAAAACAUUUUUUUAAUCAGAAAAAUAACAUCUUGCUGCAGUGUCGAAAUCUGAAAAAUGCAUCUUCAUUUUAAUCACAUUCUAAUGAAAAAAACAAUUUUAGGUCUAGAUAACCUGAUUCCAGUUGCAGUUUUAAUACUCAUUGGGAGCAGUGGAAUUGCAUGUGUCAACUUACAUUAGAAAUAUAACAUAACCCUAGUGAAUUCAUGGAACUAUAAGCGUGAUCCAAAUUCUAAUGUCAUCAAAGAAAGCUGCAUUUAUACAUACAAAUGACUCUCCAAAGCUUAAGAGUACCUCAUCAAAAUCCAAACGUGCAGGUUAAAAAAUGAAAUCUGUAACUGACCCAAUAGCCACUGAGCAGAUAACCUACUGACCUAGGGUGGGAUUUUUUUGUUUUGGUUCGGUUUUUGUGUUUGUUUUGGUUUUAGGUUUUCUGGUUGCUUUUUUUUCUUUCUUUCUUUCUUUUAACCAACAUUAGUACAGGGCUGUCCCCAAUUCACACUCUAACAUAUGACCCAAACAGCUCUAGGUCUGGGUCCUAGAGAGUUAAAUUAACAGUGCGUAGGCUCAGAAAAGUAAGAAAGUUAGGUGUUGUUCUGUAAAUAUCAACAGUAAUAGAAAUCCACCUAAAUUCAUGUGUCUACUUUCUGUUACAAGUAAGUAAAAUGAAGCAUUUUCAAACAAUGCAUAUAUGCCUCCAAAAUAGCUUCUGACAUUGUAGUUUCUGGGUUAUUUGAAUUGAUUCCCAUUUCUAGCCCUAGCUUUGGUGACUGAUGGUCAAAAUAUUCCACAUGAAAAAAAAAAUUCCACAUGAAGAGACAAACUGGUGGGGAGGGGGGAACCCUAAAUGUUAAAUAAAGCUCAGAUCCAAGGAAAGGUUACCACGAGAACAAGCUGCAACAAGACCCAUUUGAUAACAGAUUGUCCCCAAGUAAUUCUUUAAUCAUAUCUUAAGUGAUUAUUUACUCAACUCCAAUUUCUCUCCCACUUCCCUCAGCGGAACUAUCAUAAAUGACCUUAAUGACAUCAAUAUCAGGUUACUUUCCAGAAGGAAGGUUUCUAAUUUUACAGAUUCAACUUUUCCAAUUGUCAAAUGUACAUUCAAUAAUAAAUGGCACCCGGGCUACAUAUCUAAUUCAUACUGAUGGCACCAAAACCCAAUAUAUGGCCCUAUUUCUCACAAAUACAUGUACUUGUGAUAACCUAGGUAUAAUUGUUCUGGCAGUUACUGCAUCAGUUUGUCAGAAAACAACGGUAGCCAUAGAGCCAUGCUCCAAAAUAGUCUUCUCUCAGUUACGUUCUGAGGAGAGAAUGUGUAUAAAUUAUAGUAGCCAAUCUCAACUACUAAAAGAAACCAAUGUCAUAUUUCAUAAGCAGUACAUUCCUUUUCAGAUCGUCUCAGGGCUACUAUGCUUAUUACUUGGGCUUACAACUUCACUAGCUACCUUGAGGCCAGGCUCUGACAGGGACUGAGGCCAGUGAGCUGUUAAAGCCGAACAGCUAUUGCCAUUACUUCCAUAUUGAUGACAUCAACAUUUUUAUUUACUCUAACUCAGAAAAAGUAGGAACUCUAACAUAGGAAGUAGGAAGGAAAAGAAAUUUGUGUUCACCUUUGGACCUCUGGACCAGCUACUAUCAAGAAAGGUAUUUCAAGUACAGUGCUUAAAUGUCAUCUGAUCUCAGAGAAAGUACAAGCCAAUGUGAGAGUGAAUUUAGAAACAGAAAAUUGGACCUAAGAGAGUAUCUCAGAGACAAUCCACUGUAUCUCUACCUCUAUUCCAACCUCUUAUUUUACAAACAAAAACAAAAAAGGUCCAGAGACGAAUAAUGACUGGCUCAAGGCGAAGAGCCAGUCAAUAAACCUAAAUCUUCUAAAUCAUAGUAGCAAAACAUUUAUUAUUAAGCAUAUGUAUUAUAUGGUAUAUAUAGGAAAUGUGAAAAUGGAAUGGCCGAUACACAUAUAUUUUUGUUCAUUUGCCCCCAAAUUUCAGACAUAUUUAUUUUUUUUUCAGACAGACAUAUUUAAAAGUAAAGUGAAAAAUGAACUCCAAAGUCAAAUAUAAUAAUAAUACAUGGUGUAAAGAUCAUUUACUACUUGUCCAAAUAUCUAUACCACGGUUCACCUCCAUUACAGUUGGCUUGUCACUUCUAGAUACUUGUAUUCAUUUGUUUGAUUCCACCAUAAAUCCAUCAGAGUGCCCCAGAUAAUUAGUAAAGGUAUAGAUCUUAUAAAGAAAAUGUCUGAUUUAUAUUGGAAAAUGACCACUGUUGAAGUUCUCUCUUCCACUUCCGACUUUAAGGCCAGUGGAGUACAAAGACAGAGGAAAGACUUCAAAUUCAAGGUCAUCAUUUUUGGAAGAUGCCAAAUGGUAUAGGGGUAUAAAUGCUCCAAGUUAUAUUUCUGUCCACUUACAUCAGAAUUUACAGAUUUCUUUCUGCCUCCCAUAGUCAUUUUUCAUUCUACUCUGACCUAAUUUAGGCUAUUUCAGCUAAGCCCAAAACAUCUAAACAUCUGCCUGCAAUUUGAGUAAAGAACUUUAAAAAACCUAGGGCCUCUACCUUUCGAAGGACUUAAAUACUUUUUAAGAAUUUUAUAGUUAUGACAGUGCAAAAGCUCUCCUGUAAAUUUCAUUAAAUUUCAGUGAAAAAUAUGAGCCACUAUCUUAGCCAGAAUAUAUCAAUGACCAUUCGAUGUUCCUCUUGCCUUGUAAGACUCAAGUGGUAUUUUGACUAACAGUUUAAGUGGCCCAGACCUUGAUUUAUUAAACCAUCAGGUAAAAAGUACUUGAAGUUAGGGAGACAGUCUUUCCUGUUUUAAAAGUACGUAAGAAAAACUGACCACAUUAUUCUGGUAAUAGAGUUUUCAAAACAGAGCUAACAGAUUGUAUAGACAUAACCAACAUAAAUUGAUGUGAUUUUUCAGAUCAUCUAAAUAACUUCUUCUUACCCACUUGUCAGCUUCCUCUUACCCCUGUGACUUUGCCUCAAAGCUAUAGGCAUUUUAGAUUGUUUCUCUGGCUUGCUUUAUCUAGAUAAUUGUUCCAAAUAUCCACUUUGCUGGUGAAGAACUAGCCCCUGGGAACCGAGUACCACAAUUCAAUGUGAGCAUUACUUUAGUACAGAGAAAUGCUAUUUUUACUGGAUUUCCAGUGACUUUUUCCAUCACUUUGUAUCCAACAGAUGAAGGUUUUGACUUGCGUUGCUUUUACGGGGAUGUUUGUAGAACUGAGAACCUUAUCUGUGUUAUACACGCAGGCACAUGCAUACGAUGAAACUUAAUAGCAUUUGAUCAUUCUGGCCUUGGUCCUUCAUCUUUUUUGGUAAUUAUUUAAUCAUUUUGAAGGGAGGGGGAACAGGAAUAACUUCAAUGGAAAGAAACUUCCUGAGAUAUGGUGAGGAAUUUCUAAAAUAAAUUGCUGUGACAGUAUCUGCUGUAGCACAAUUGUUAAUAUUGAAAGCUCUCAGAAUUUUGGGUUUCCGGUUUCAUAAAAAAAUAAAGCAUUUAGGUCAGAAGGAAAAACCUACUUGUAAAAAUUAAAAUAUGUGUUUUUCAUGAUUUAAAUUAAGUCUGCAUACUUGAGAUUUAUUGCAUACUUGAGGUAGUACUAUUCAUUUAUAUGCUGAUAUGUGGCCUAGGAUUUCCACCUAAAGGCUGCAUGGUAGUCCAGAGAAAAAGUUACCUGUAGGUGGUUUUGAACUUUACUUUUAGAGAAUGAGAUGUUCGGUAAGAAACAAAAGAGGCAAUUGCUUGGGGUGAUACAGGAAGCAGGCCAGGGUGCUCUAGCAUUUUUAAGCUCCAUAUUUUACUCCUACUCUAGAGUGGACUUAUAUCUUUUAUUUGUUAGUUUAUUGGAUUUCAGUUGUGGUCUUUCAUUUUGUAAAGAUCUACCAUCAGUGCUUGUGGUACUUGAGAGACAUACACAUAAGAAUUAUGUCUAAAUAUAAAACUAAGUGGAAUGCUCGUAUGCCGAUAGCUAGCUUUCUUUUCUUAUCUGAUGUGAAAAGUAGUGAAGCUCUGUAGGAACUUCCUGUUACUAUACAAAUGAAAGGCAAUUUUUGUAGUAACAGGAAGAGUCUGCCACUUUCAACCAUCGUAAUGAACCUUCAUAAAUCCAUUAAUGUAACACAUAUCUACCCUACCCUAAUUGUUCACCCUCAAAAAGAAAAGCCUUUUGUACGACUCUCCAAAUGUCUUGAUAGAACCAAAAAAGACUAAAGUGGGUAAGAAUGGCCUGCAAUGUUAAGGUCAUUUUCACCAAUUUGCAGCCUAUUUUGCCCUCUGACUUCACCAAUGAGCAGGUUUCAGGGAACCUAACAUCCCAGGAGGUACACCUCAACACAUGCACACACACAUACCAAGGCAACAUCCUCAGCACUUGAAUGAGUAGGUGGCAGUGUGCCUUUUAUUUUAGCCUAAGGUGGCCAACCAUUUGCAAGUACAGCUAAGCCGGCCUUGGCCAUUUCAUGCCCUUUUCCACAAAGUUCAACAUAUUCCCAAAAUACUCAUUGCCACCAACUGCCUUCCAACUUAGAAACCCUUUGGACCGUUCUCUGGUCUUAUACAACCCUUAAAACUGACCCUUGGAAGACAAGACAAACAAGAGGCUUUCAACUUUUGCAGGGAGUGCUUAAGGUACUUAGAUGCUGGUGGUAUACUAAGAGACAGAUGGAAAAGCUUCUAAAGAAUGAGUACUGACCAGUGUUUAAAACCUAGGGCUAAACCGUCAAAUUGCUGAACUCUUUAGGUGACCAAAUUGAGAUGGAGUACCCCAAUAAAAAAUGUAGUUCCUGAAUUAAAACAUCAACAUCACCCUUUUCUCACUCAAAAAAUUCCAGAAGAAGAGCAAUAGUAUGUGAAAACAAGCUCUGAAAAAACUGUAAAUCAUUUUUCAAAGGUCGGGUCAAAUUUAGUUUAAAUUUCAAAUUAUAGCAAGUUCUCACUUUGUGAUCACUGUGUUACUAGGUUCAACACAGACUCAUAGUAAAGUUAUAUUUUAAAUUGCACAAUAUAAUCGAUUGGCUUUUAUAAGUAUACAUGUUUGACCAGCUACUGGGAUUGAUCUCUCCAAAUUUUAUCUAUGAAAUAAAAUGAAUUUGUCAAAACUCUACAUCAAAGAGAAAUAAAAGGUAAAAUUGGAGGGUAGUAUAGAAGAAAGCUAGAUUCUAUACCUGGUGUCAUCUUUUAGCCUCAUAAAUUUGGAAUAAACAUAUCAAGUGAGAUUAAAAAAUAAUGAGAUUGAUAUUUUCAUAAGCAUGCUGGAAUAUAUGUGCCCAAAUGAAUGCUGUUCUUCAAAGUAAUCACCUUUAAGCUGCACCCAUAUUCAAAGGCUGCCAUUACUCAAAUCAUUGUGGACUUCUGCUUUGGGGAGGACUUUCAAAUCCAUAAUACAACCUCUGAAUAUCCUCAAGUGGUAGAAAAUCAUGAUCCUAUAAGAUAAAAUGUUUAGAAACAGUCAAAAGUAAUUUUAGAUCCAUAUUGGGUAAAAAGGUAGGUAAUCAAGCUGAGUUCUAUUUUGUCUGGUUCAAGUGCUAAUACAUAAUAGGCACUUUAAUAGGCACAAGUAUAAAAUGAGAUAGUUUCUUAUGUGAUUGUAAAGUGACCUGAAACCACUCUUUGGAAACCAGUUAAUUUUUUCUUAUCAACUUUAUCGAGAAAUGAUUGGUAUACAAUUAUGUGCAUACCUUUAAAAUGUAGAAUUCAGUGAGUUUUCGCAGUUGUAUAUAUCCCUGGAACCACCAUCACCAUUAAGGUACAAAAAUUUCCAUCACCCCCAGAGUCCUCAUUCCUCUUUGCAGUCUGAAAUCUAGUUUUAUUUUUAUUAUUUAUUUUUUAUUGUUCAAUUUGCCAACAUAUAGAAUAACACCCAGUGCUCAUCCCAUCAAGUGCCCCCCUCAGUGCCUG